UUCUAUUCUGUGUCCAAACAAAAACAACUUUAAAACCAACAAAAAAACCGCUCAAACGAAACUGGUCAGACACAGAACACGUAAAAAGAUCACAACUUUCAGUUUUAAUCCAACCGGAAAAAUGACUGUCAUCGAUUUGGUUACGCGAGUAGAUUCAAUCUGCAAGAAAUUUGACAAAUACGACGUCGAUAAGCAGAAAAACCUUAACGCUGCUGGCGACGAUGCUUUCGCUCGCUUAUACGCAAUCGUUGAGGCCGGCCUCGAUGCUGUUCUCCAGAAAUCAGAGGCAGCGAAAAUAGAGAAAAGCAGGGCUACGGCUGUUGCUAUGAAUGCAGAGAUUCGAAGAACAAAGGCUCGAUUGCUUGAGGAAAUCCCUAAAUUACAGAGACUCGCUUUUAAGCAGGUGAAAGGGCUAUCGAAAGAAGAGCGCGAGGUGAGAAGUGAUUUGGUUGCUGCAUUAAAAGAUAGAAUCGAAGCUGUAGCAGAUGGAAAUAUUAGUGCAGCUAAACAAGGUGGAGAUUCUGCGCCUUCAGCAUCGCAUGGAGGAAUUAAAUUUGAUUCAACUUAUGAUGGAAGAUUUGAUGAUGAGUAUUUUCAGCAAACUGAAGAGUCGGAUCGGUUCAGGCAGGAAUAUGAAAUGCGGAGAGUGAAACAGGAUCAAGGUUUAGAUGUUAUAGCAGAAGGUUUGGACACUCUGAAAAACAUGGCCCAUGACAUGAAUGAGGAGGUGGAUAGACAAGUGCCAUUGAUGGAUGAAAUUGAUGACAAGGUUGACCGAGCAGCCUCUGACCUUAAAACUACUAAUGUGAGACUUAAGGAUACUAUAAACAAGAUGAGGUCCAGUCGCAACUUUUGUAUUGAUAUCAUCCUCUUGGUUAUAAUCUUAGGCAUUGCUGCCUAUCUCUACAAUGUGCUGAAGUGAAAUGAGCAUUCCAGCAACCACUUCCACAACUACUAAUCUACUGGCAUAUACAGCUUUCUGCUGCUACUGGGUCGUCUUUGCAUGCAUCAUUGUACUACAUAAUGUUUACUGGAAGAGUGUUUACAUCUGUAGCUAUUAAUUUCUUCAUAAACUGUAAUUUCCAGCAACUUGAGACUGAAACAUUGAGACAUUUUAGCAUAAUUUCCACUUUAUCAGGGUUUCAUCGA